ACGGACAGUGUAUUAAGCUGGCAGUUGACCCUUAAUCACAGUCAAAAAAAGUAGAAGAUUAUGUGAUAAUUAGGUUAAGUUUCGGUUUGUUAUGUUUUAAUUUGUUUUUUCUCACAAUUUGAUUUAUGUUCACCCAAAUGAAUUCAUCAUUAGAAAUUAGAAAGCUACAGCCAGGUUAUGUAAGAGAACUGGCUCAAAUUUUAGAGUACGCUGAAUCCUGGAAACGUUUAAUGGCCAUAAUCCCCAAUCAUUUAGGAUCAAACACAUUCGUCUGCGAUAUAAAGAUAGACAACUUGCCAAAGUAUAAUUCGGAACACUUUAAGAUAAUCGAAAACGCAUCCCUAAAAUAUAAACGGUCCUGCACUGAGAUAUUAUUCGACGAAUGGGGAACGUCCGGCAAGAUAAGGCCCACCCUGGGACACUUGAAAUAUUUGCUAGCGAAGGCUGAACUUUUCAGAGCGGCUGACUAUGUGGCCGUGGAAUUAUUGCGCGAGGAACCUCCGGAAAGACCGAGCUUCGGCCCUGCCGCUUUGGUCACUACAGAUUUGACGGAAAUUAAAAAAAACAGCGGUUUUGAUAAAAUUGGGCCAGUAGAACCUGCGGCAUCAAUAGUACCCAGUAACGUUGCUCUACAUCAUCACUUCACGAAUCACCAACCUUCGAAAAAUGUAAUCCCAGAUAUAGUGAUAAGCGAAGUGAUUGAUGUCACUCCAUCUGAUAUAAUCGAGGUGCCCAUCGUUAAAGUAAAAUCGAAACCCGUAUCUGACAUGAUGAAGUUUUCUUCUUCCGCAUCUGAAGAUGUCACCAACGAGCUAGAAAGCGGGAUAAUUCCCGAGAUUUCGUCGCUACUAGAGUCGCCAGGACCAAAAGAGGCUUCCGAAUCCACCGUAGAUAGCUCGGAAAGUAACGAAUUAAGUUCGUCUUCUUUCAAGGGCCUAACAGGUUCGUUCGCGCCCCCUAUCGCCGAUUUGUUGGCACCCGAAUGUAGUGAAAGUGACUUAAACUUCAUCCCGGCCUUGAGCGCCCUUAAUCCUGUAUCCGAAGGCAUACCGAACUUCGAAAUGCUGCAAGCGAGCGAAGAGCAAAUGCAUUCUUCGAACUCGUCUCUGCAAUCAAGAAGCUCUUUCAACGUAUCGAACGGAACGGAUUUUUUGACUUCCAAGUGCUCGUCGCCUCUGCCAAAUUUGUACCUCAACACCGAGCUACCUCAUUUCACCUACGGCGAGCUAGCGGCCGCUACAAAUAACUUCAACGAAGAGGCCUACACGAACGUGGACAACGCGGGUCGGUUUUUGGGUUCCGGCGCGUUCGGGUCAGUUUUCUUGGCCCCCAAGUUGAUCGAUCGGCCCGUCGCCGUGAAGAAAAUCUUCUUGGAGAACGCGGAAUCCGUGAACGAGGACGAUGCCGUGACCAAACAGUUCCGUAACGAGGUCGAGGUCCUAUGCAAAUACAAGCACGAGAACUUGGUGUCGCUAUUGGGGUACUCGUGCGACGGCUGCACCUAUUGUCUGGUGUACGAGUAUGUGUCUGGCGGCGCACUCAAAGACAGACUUCAGGAUCCCAGUUGGAGGCUCAUGUGGAAGGAAAGGUUAAAUAUUGCAUUAGGAACCGCUAGCGCCGUCUCGUAUCUGCAUACGGGUUUUUCGACUUCUUUGAUUCAUAGGGACAUUAAAACCGCCAACAUUCUGCUAGAUUCGGAAGACAAUGCUAAGUUGUGUGACUUUGGACUUGUAAAACUUCUUCCUAGUCAAAAAACGAAUACGCACACUGCUGCGUAUGGAACCUCAGCGUACAUGUCCCCUGAAGCUCACAGAGGCGAUAUUUCCGUUAAAUUGGACACGUUCAGUUUCGGGGUCGUUCUUUUAGAACUACUAACUUCCUUGCCCCCAAUCGAUUACAAUCGACAAGGAUACGAUAUUGUGACGCAUGUGGAGGACCACUGUGACGAGAGUAUAACGCCUUUGUUGGACACCAGCGUUGGGAGUUGGCAGGAAAACGAUAUAAAUUACGGACAGAAAUUGUAUGAACUGGCCCAAAAGUGCCUUGAAGAAAAAAAGAAAAGACCUAGUAUGGUUGAGGUGCGAGAUAUAUUGAACGACCUCAUUCCUCUUCCCUUGUCGCAUUGA